UUUUGGUGUGGUUGGAAAAUUUGGCGGUUUAUGUUUCUGAACCAUAAAUGAGUAGAAUUUCUGCUAACAAGUUUAAAUGUGAAACUAAAACCGAACAAGCACAAUACGCGCGAUGUGAAAUUUGAUUUUGGUCCUCUGCAGUUUGAUAAAUGAGGCUUACAAACACGAAACGAGUUCGAAAGCUAAGUUAGCUAAUGGUAAAGGUUGUAGCUAACCGUGCGAGCUAAGUCGAUUAGCGGUUUAAUAUUCGUCUAACUUCAUUUUUAUACAUUCUACAAUGACAAACCCAGUUUGGUUACAAAAAAAGAACGGUAAAUAUUUGUGGUUUACUCUUCUUGGGCUUGGAUUUCAGCCGGAUAAUGUAGCGAUCAAAAUCAACUUGGGACCGACUAUGUUUGACAAACCAAACAAGGAUGCCUUCUACGUCGUGACCCAUUUUCUUUUGAAGAAACUAAACCCUACAAGAUUCCACGAAGCCUACAGGUAUUGCUGGCCUGUGUUGAACCCCAAAGCAGAUGCCGAGUUCAGAAAAGUCACCUGUGCUUGGCUUCGAGAAAUAAUGGAUGAAACUGCAAAUGCAGGCUCCAGAGUGGUUGCAUCACUGUUUCUCUCACCUGGAGGACCCAAAUUUGUCAGUUUGAUUCUUCAUUUAGCCAGUCACGUCAUGCUGCACGAAAUGAAAACAUUCAUCACAGAUGACAGCUGGGUUCCUGAGGUUGCAGCUGCACCUGUGUCCUCCUUGGAUAUGGCACAGAAGAGACUCAGACUCAUCAAAGCCAGGUUUCUGAAAGCUGCCGUGGAGCAGGACCAAUUACUCCAGGAGUACCAGAGACGAGCCCAGCACAUAAUGAAGUGUAUGAGAGACGUCAGAGCAGAGGGCACCAAGUACGAUGGCUUACUCAAGGGUUAUAACAGAGAUGCAGCGCAGGAGGGAAUGUCUCAGGCUGUGCAGAUCCAAAAGGUACGCUGCUUGUGGUCAGCCAUCGACGGAAUGCUUUCGUCUACCAAAGAGGAGCAGCAGGUGGUGGAAAGUGUCCUGAAGGGUGACAUGAAGCAGUGUGUUUUGGAUGGGACGGACCGGGUUCUCAAGGUUCCUCCCAGUUUGCAGAAGAGAAUUGAGCAACUCCCACAUCAGCUGAGUGGAGGACAUGUGUAUGAGGCGGAUCAGCUGAAUCUCCUGUGUGUACUGGAGCUGGCGAACCACUCGUUUCAUCUCCUGCGGGAGGAGCAUCGACGUGUUUCUCAAAAUUCAAGCCUCCACCUAAGCUCUGAGCAGCUGCAAGACAAAUGUCAACAGGUGGCUCGUGUGCUACAGGACCUCCGCUGCUUGAGGCAGAAGAUUGCAAAAGGAGACAUCCCUGAGGUCAGGAGUGUCAUCAGGGAUUUGGAGGUGGAGUGGGACAAGAGAUGGAUGGAUGCUAUAAAAGACACACCUCUAAUGUCUUGUCUGAAUGAAGAUCAUGCUCUGGAUCUCCUCUCACCAAUGGCUCCAUUGUCCUUUGAACCAUCACCAGAGACACUUCACAAAAGCGACGUUUUCUCCCUCUUCCCUGCUCGGCUUGGUGAGGAAACACCUGCCAAGAUGACAACACAAGAAGAGGAACCGAAAUCAAACCUUGAGAGCUCUUGUUUUGAGAUGGCCGAGAGUCCAGCAGCCCCUACAGAGGCAACAGCAAGACCAAACACUUCUCUCGAUUGGCUCUUUGACUCGCUGCCGUCCCGUUGUGUGAUGACUCCUUUACCGCUGCCGUCGCCUCAGGCAGCCACGGCGGUUCAUGCCAGUGUGAGGAAGACGAGCCGUGCUCAUCUGAAAACCGCUCCUACGAAGUGCAAGACACAGAUCUUUGAGUUGGAAUGUGACAAUCUCGCCAAUCAGUUUGCAGAAGCUGUCAUGACAAGUCCUGUGGAUAGCACGGUCAAAGAUUUGGGCCUGGAGGACCUUCUCUGCACUCUACGUAGAGAUCCUUUUUCGGCAAAGAAGCAGUUGGCACGUACACCUGAGAGCCUGAUUUUAGAUGUGAAGAGCUCCUGGCGGAAGGCAGUUGAAGAAAAUGAAGCUGAGAAAGCCAAGCAAAGCGACAUCGUGAAGCAGCUCACUCCUCUUGACGAGCCACAGCAAGUCCAGCAGAACCCCGGCGUGGCCCCUCAGCAAGGCUGCUCCUCAGACACCCCCAACAUGGCCUGUCGCAGGAGUCCCCCUAUCUGCCAGCAGGGGGUCUUGCUCAGUUGCGCUCCGCUGUGGGACAUCUCCAUGGCAGAGAGUCCCCUGAGCCUGAGUGACACUGGCAUCAGCAGCGAGGUCCAGUUCAGCCUGAAUCAUGAAACUCUUCCUGAAAUUCUGAGCAGCGACAGCCUGCUGAGCAUCGACAAUGAAGCCGCGGAUUUGAUGACGGAUGAAGAUGAGCUUCUGACUCCUCCAGUCUGUUCCCCGAAGACUCAGCAGUUACCGCUCACAACCCGUCAGUGUGACAACGUCUUCGCUGGAACCGGUGAACAGGUGCUGUCCCCACGCAGCGAGGUCCCUGAGCUGGACACAGACUGGCUAACGAAGCCUGAAACAUCAGCAGAAGCCGUCGGGAAGGUCUUUACACUCGAUCUAGACACGCUGGAGAGCCCAUCGUCCCGGGAGAAGCAAAAGUACAGCUUCCCCAGACUCCUCAGAAUCUCCCUGAUAGAGGACAUGUAGUCCGAGCUCCCACGUAGAAAAGAUUUGAGUGUUGACUGACUCGCAAUGUCUGCUGCUUUUUUCUUUUUUCUUUUUAAAUAAAACUGUGUAUAAAGAUGCAAAAUAACAUGCUGCUGUCAAAUUUUCUCUGCCAAAAUGCAUCACUUUUAAUUGAGUCAUGAAGUAUGUUAAUUAAAAUUAACGUGCUGCAGACUUUCUUCUUCUUUUGGCUGCUCCCAUUAGGGGUCGCCACAGCAGAUAAGUCGUUUCCAUCUUACCCUGUUCUCAACUUACUGUCACACCAGCCAUGUGUGUGUGUUCUCUCACCACAUCCAUAAACCUCUUUGGCCUCCCUUCUGCCUGCUGGCCCCGUCCUCAGCAUCCUUCUCCCUAUAUACCUUGGGUCCUUC